GCAAUCAUUUUGGCGGGAACUUUUCAGUUGCAGCUAAACCCAUAUUCCCCCAAUCCCUAUAUUUCAACAACCUCCAUUUUCAUCCUCAAUCAAAUCACCAAUUUUCCAGUACCGAUUUCCGUCAAUUUCAACAAAAAAAUGCCGUCAAUCGCUGCAGCCAGAUCCUCACCAAUGCCAAUGGUAAACGGCGACGUUUCAUCCCCUCACAAACGGCGGUUGAGAUCCAAUUCAGCUUCGUUCGAUGAUCCGGUUUGUAACACUCCAGCUAAAUCAUGCUCUUCGUUGAAGAGUAAAUCGCCUCGUAGAUCUGUCAAUGAUAGUCCGAAUAGAAGCCGAUCGAAUGUUGAAACUGGUGUUAGUUUAUUGAAAUUGAAGAAUUCUCCGAGGAAGAAGUUGUUAGACAGUAUUUUGGAUAAACCGAUCUGGAAUCCAACAGAUUCGGAACAAUUAAGUGUGGUGAAAGAGGCGUUGCAUGUAUCGACUGCACCGACUAUGAUUGUGUGCCGUGAGGAUGAGCAGAAAAGGAUAGUGGAGUUUUGUAAGCAAUGUGUUGAGCAAGAGAAGGCUGGGAGCUUGUAUAUUUGUGGUUGUCCGGGGACCGGAAAAUCGCUCUCGAUGGAGAAUGUGAAGGGGUGUUUGGCUGGUUGGGCUAAGGAGACAGGUGGGCAGCUGCCGGAUAUUUUGGCUAUAAACUGUACUUCUUUCUCAAACACAUCAGAAAUUUUCAACAAGAUACUUGAAAAAAGUAAACCAAAUAAGAAAGUCAAUGGUCGUUCUACAGCCUUAAAACAACUUCAGCAAAUGUAUUCUCAAAAGCAGCAGUCGGCUGACACUAAAAUGAUGUUGGUUAUAGCUGAUGAGCUGGACUACUUGAUUACUAAGGACCGAGUGGUGCUUCAUGAUCUAUUUAUGCUAACAACGUUGCCAUUCUCUAAAGUUAUAUUGAUAGGUAUAGCUAAUGCAAUUGACUUAGCAGACCGAUUUCUUCCAAAACUACAGUCUCUAAAUUGUAAGCCAGCUGUUGUGUCUUUUCGAGCCUACUCGAUGGAUCAAAUCAUCAUGAUUCUCAAACAACGGCUGAUGGCACUUCCUUACACCGUUUUCCAGCCACAAGCACUGGAACUCUGUGCACGCAAAGUAGCUGCAACAUCUGGUGAUAUGAGGAAAGCUCUUGGUAUCUGCAGGGGUGCGAUAGAGAUGCUUGAAACUGAGCUUAGAGAAUCUACCUGCACUUCAACUUUGACAUCCAUGGUGAGGGUUGAUCAUAUGGCUAUUGCUUUGUCAAGGGCUUACAAAUCACCAAUAGUCGACACUAUACAAUCCCUUCCACAGCAUCAACAGAUUGUACUAUGUUCUGUUGUGAAGUUGUUUCGUAAAGGAAAGAAGGAUACAACAAUAGGAGAGUUGAACAAGUUUUAUAUUGAUAUCUGCAAAUCAACAUUGAUACCACCAGUUGGUAUAAUGGAACUUUCAUGCAUGUGUAGAGUGCUAGGUGAUCAGGGAAUUCUAAAACUCGGUCAAUCCCGAGAUGAUAAAUUAAGGAGAGUGACGUUGCAAGUAGAUGAAGCCGACAUCAGUUUUGCAUUGCAGGGCAUUCGUUUCUUUAGGAACUGUCUUCAGUAAAUUCCAACAUCAACACUUGCAAUGUUUGUCAAGUUAACUGUAAAGAUUAUGCAAUCGUGCGCGCUUGACCUUAAAGGUUUCAAACUGAGCUUGUCAAUGGUGCAUGUAAUACAACAACAGAGCAAAACUCGUGAUAUUAGUAUUGGUUUUAUAUUUUAAUUAAAGUUAUAUAAUUCUUUUAACCAGAAAAACAAUUCUGGAUUAGUGUAUUCUUUGUUGUUUAUUUUGGUAUUCAAUUUUUGUUAAUGUUGUGUA